AAGUAAUCUAAACACUCUUCAGUGAUCGUGGUAAACUCAACUUUCAGCUGAUCUGAAGAAACCUUUAAUGAUGGUCUCCCACUCUGCGAUCCGAUUCGAAUUUUGAAUAUAGCUACGCCCCCUGAUGAACGAUCUCUUGGAUUUCAUCGAUGCAAAACGGGAUUUUGCGACUUGAAUCUUGAGUCAAGAUGGUUGAUGUACUUCUUUGCUCGACGUACGAGGACCAAAAACGCGACUUUGUGUUUGAUUUUAAAGACAGUGGGAAAUUACAGAGACUCACUGUGCCGAUACCAAUACCACUGAAGGUUGAUGCGAGAGAAUUUGUUCAAAGGCUGAUAACUUUUCACAAUUUACCGUGCUAUCUUGAACCAGAAUUGACUAAAACUUUAGAUGAAUUCAACAAGUCAUCAUGCAGGGAGCUACAGGAUAAAAUGGGUGGUGCAGCUCUUGAACAAAUGAGGCAAUCUUCACAGUGUGCUGCUGAUUAUAUCUCUUCUUGGUCUGACACUUUUACUCAAGAACAUGCAAAUUACAGCUCUGCCACUGACAAGAGUGAAGAGUCUGUGUUUUCUGAGAUGUACCAUUCAUUGAUUCAUUCAGCGGCACUUGAGACAUUGCUGCAACUGGAGAAUACUUAUGCCAUAGCAAUGGAUGAUGUUGUCUCGAAGAAGGCAAAUGCAAUAAAAACAAUGGAAGAGAAGCACCAGAGAGAAAUGGAAGAUUCCAUUAACAAUCUUGGCAUUGUCACUUCAGACAAAGAUGUCAAUGAUUUGGCAGCCAGGCACUGUGAGGAUGCACAAAUGCUGGAGACAUACUGGUCCAGUGAGCUCUCACAACUCCAGGAGAUGCAAAAGAGAGAGUACAGAGAGUGGGUCACUAAGGUACAUGAGGAUAUGGUCAGAGUCAGUUCAGAUCCAUCAUCAGUGGAAGACUCUUUCUCCAUAGGAAAGAAUCACAGCAUGUCUGUUCAGAGCAUGCCAGAAGCUAAUGAGUUUUCUACCUCUGAGCAUGAUUUCAGGCUUGAAGAGAGUUUUACCAUCCUUUUGGGAGCCCAAAAGAAGUCAACACACAAUCUGCGAUUGAUCUGUGGCCAUGUGCUGGACUUGUGCAAACAUAAGACCAGACCAGGAGGAUCAGUGCUAUCACAGCCCCACAGAAUCCAGACAGCUCUGUCGUUGUACUCUGGAACACUGGCAGGAGUAAUUUUGCUGGUAGAAGACCGCCUUAAUACAUACUCAGGAAUUUUGAAACAUUUUGCCAUGAUUUGUCAGCAGUCCGGGACAGAAUUUCAUUUUCCAGACCUGGACAAACAGCUGUGCCUCAUUCAGCAAAUGUUUGAGAAGAGAGAUCGUAGCAAGUCAAAUGCUAGUGAACAUCAACAACUUCCUUCAGCUGAUGCUGCUCUACGCCCACUAACACUAAACACAGGAGAUAUCUACAUCACUCGGCAUUCAAACUUGUCUGAGGUACAUGUUGUGUUCCAUCUCGUUGUGGACGACAGUGUGAAGUCACCAACAAUUAGCACAAGAAAUCCUGUUAUAGUUGGCUUAAGGAACGCUCUGCACACAGCUGUUAGACACAGCAUAACCACCAUAACUAUACCACUACUGUUAUUCCAUGAAAUGACAGAGGAGAUGACAGUGUCUUGGUGCAUGAAGAGAGCAGAGUUGAUGUUUAAAUGUGUAAAAGGUUUUAUUAUGGAAUGCAGCACGUGGAGCGGAGCAGAGUCUUUGAAUUUACAGUUUUUGGUGCCUAAGGGUAUAUCUGAGGAAAUGUUCACAUCAUUUAGCCAAAUGCUGUCUAGUAUCUUCCGUGUAUCCACGCCUUUGGAUCUCACAUCCACCGCCAACAGAUGACGUCAUUUCUACCUAUCCCGUGAUGCUAUUCGACGGCCGUCGUCGUCAUGUCGAGUUAUGCGACCUUCCCAUAUUGCUCUUCACUAGCCAGAAAAUGGUAGAACACUGAAGAACGUGUUACGUCUUGAGUCCAUAGAAGGAUUUCUUUAAAGAAAAACUUCAAAUUAUUCUCGCAGUGGUCGCAAGAAGAUUUGAAGAAAUUUGAUUUUGUAUUGUAGCACUGUACUUACUGAGUGUCAAAUUUAAUCUGGCUUUGCACUGUUUUUCUUGAAUGCACGCUCUGUUCUUUGUUUACAAAACAUGUGCCGUUCUCUCAAACAAUCAGAUGGAAAGCAUAAACAAAUUACUACCUGAUCA